AUGCCUCUCAACGCCGCCUUCGAAGAUGCAAUCCGCGUCACCCCAGAAGACGCCAAUAAGUAUAGCGCCAACCUCCGCCCAGAAUGGUGCAUUGGAACUGUACCCCACGGCGGCUACACAUCAGCAGUCCUAUACAAACUAGCCUUAACACACUUCGAGCACGCCCACCCAAAGCAAUACUCCAGCCCCGCCUCACCAAUUUCCCUCCAAUUCUCCUUCAUCCGCCGCACAGCAGCCGGCCCCGCAACCCUAGAAGUUGAAGACGUAAAGCUCGGCGCCCGCACAAGCACAAUUCACAUAAAACUCCUCCAACCCUCCGAGAAACAACCCUCCAAACUUGAGACCAAAGUCGUCGGCUACAUAACCGUCAGUCCCCCAGACGCGGAGGUCGGAAUCACCGUCCCAACAGGCUGGAAAGCACACCCAGAACCAGUCCCAGGCUCACUCCCUGAUGGGCGGAUAAACUUUACCCAGCUUGCUGAAACAGGCAAAGAUGGCGCAUGGGUGAAGUCCGCACCUCCAUUCCCUGAAUUCCGGCGCGCAGCGACCCAGCUUGAGCUGUACGGGCCCGGGAAGGGCGAGACACAGCAGCAGCGGACUGGGUCUAUGGCUAUUGACCAGUGGGCGCGGUUCAGGCCUUGCGGCGACCAGAACGGGAAGUGGACAGAUGCGGCUGUUGUUUAUUUGCUUGAUAUGUUUCCUAUGGCGCUUGAUGGGUUUGAUAGUGUUUCUGCCAAUGCGGUUGCAAAAGAAAAGGGUGAGAGUGUUGAUGAUGUAAAGGCUAAAUUUUGGUAUCCGACUGUGACGUUGAAUAUUGAUAUGAAGAAGCAUUUGCCUGCUGGUGGAGUUGAGUGGCUUUAUAGUCGGAUUGUGACUAAGGUUGUUAGAGAUGGACGGACUGAUUUGGAUGUUACUGUUCUAGAUCAGGAUGGGGAGGUUGUUGCGUUAGGUACGCAGGUUGGAUUGGUGGUUAGUGCUAGUCGGAAUGUGGGGACGAGGAAGAUGGAGAAGUUGUAG